CUGUGACACAGCCGGGUCAUUUACUUAGCAACGUAACCUCUGUUGUCAGGCGUUGCUAAGGAAGUCGGUCCGCAAGAGUUUUAAAAAAAGGUGGCCUGAAGCUCCGUGUUCUGAGGAGGUGAGAAGCUGCAGCUGAUGUGGGUCAUGAGGAGAGGAUGAGUGAGGAUGGAGAGAACGGACCCCCUCAUCUGUCCAGCCCUGCCAAAGGGAACUCCGUUUCCCAUGAGCGUACGAGACUCCCGACCCCCCUAACUGCUAGAAGACUGUCCAAAAAGAAUGAGGAUUCUGGGGGAGAGGUCACCACAUUUCAGCCCAGACCUCCUUCACUCCCAAAGCUGACCAGGUUCGUCAAAAGCGUCUCCUUAGAGGAGAGAGCCAGGAGGGUCCACAGCAGCCAGGAGAGUCUGAGCGACCGAGCGGAGACCGGCUCCUCCACCGACUCGCUCAGAGAAGACCCGGCGGCUCGGCUCGUCUUCAGGAACCACCGGGAAUCCCCAGAGUGCAGAGAGAGCAGCCUGUCGGGGAGCGACGGCGGCGAGGAGAGAGCCGGCGUGGUGCGGCUGUCACCUCUGCAGCCCAGAGGGCCGCUGCCCGCUCUGGACAGGAGCAUCGCGUCCGCCCCUUUAAGGACCACUAAUAGGAUUGACAGAGAUUGUUUGGAUUAUAAAAUGCCGGGCAAACAGAAGUUAGGAGAGAGAUCUCACAGCCAGCUGGAGAACAUGGGCUCGGAUGAUAUCUCCGUGGACACCCUGAGGUCCGUCUACAGCGUCCUGAGCCCCAUCAGACCCCAGGACAUGAGGAGCAGGAGCUUCUUGGAGGGCAGCGUUCUGGGGAGCAGCGCCCUACUCGGCGCCGAGGAGCUGGACCGUUAUUUCCCGAACCGGAUGCUGGGCAUCUACGUCGUCACAUGGAACAUGCAGGGGGAACGGUGUAUUCCAGCCAACCUGAACGACCUCCUCCUCCCUACAGACUCAGAGUUUGCGCAGGAUUUCUACGUCGUGGGCGUUCAGGAGGGAUGCCAGGAUAAGAGGGAGUGGGAGAUCUGUAUCCAGGAAACUCUGGGACCUCACUAUGUGAUGCUGUACGCAGCUUCACACGGCGUUUUAUACCUGAAUGUGUUCACAAGGAGGGACCUGAUAUGGUUCUGUUCAGCGCCGGAGCACUCGACCGUCACCACCAGGAUCAUCUCUCAGAUCAAAACCAAAGGAGCUUUAGGGAUCGCUUUGACUUUCUUUGGAACCUCGUUUUUGUUCAUCACGUCUCACUUCACCUCCGGAGACGCCAAAGUCUACGAGCGAGUUCUGGAUUACAACAAGAUCAUCGAGGCGCUGACUCUUCCCAAAAACCUUCCAGACACCAAUCCCUACCGCUCGGAUAUAUCCGACGUCACCUCACGCUUCGAUCAGGUCUUCUGGUUCGGAGAUUUCAACUUCCGGCUGAGUAAAGAGCGAGCCGACGUGGAGGCCAUCAUGGCGCGGACAGUAGGGGGCGAUAUGAGCGCUCUGCUGGAGCACGACCAGCUCUCCCAGGAACUGAAGAACGGGUCGAUCUUCAAAGGCUUCAGAGAAGCACCGAUCCGCUUCUUUCCCACCUACAAGUUUGACAUCGGCUGUGAUCAGUAUGACACCACCUCCAAACAGAGGACGCCGUCGUACACGGACAGAAUCCUGUUCAAGAGCAGGAACCCCACAGAGAUCAAGGUGGUCAAAUACAACAGCUGCUCCAGCGUCAAGACGUCCGACCACCGGCCCGUCAUCGGGGUCUUCCAGGUCAAACUCCGGCCAGGGAGAGACAACGUUCCCCUGUGUGCGGGCCAGUUCGACAGAGCUCUGUACCUGGAGGGCAUCAAGAGGAGGAUGGCUGCCCGAGAGCUGAGGAGAGCCAAAGAGAGGAUGACCAGCACCAGCACCGUCUGCAGCGUCUGCUGACCCGCCGGACCAGAACCAACCUGUGCCUCAGCUGGACCCGGACCAAAAGGAAAACCAAGCUGUCUUAAGAGAGUCCAGCUGGACUCACAGGCCUGUACGAGGACUGACCAGACCUUCUUCUGAGGUCAGGAGGAACCUGAAGAACGCCUUGUGGUUUCUCACCGUCUGAAGUGACUUGAAUCUGUGUGUUUACCAGCUGAGAAGAACGAGGACCAAUCAGGGAGACUUCUGCUCUUCUGUGGUCACAAACCCUAAACUCUGCCUUACUUCUCAUCUCAAUGAUAAACCCAUAAACUGUCCGUCAGGACGUAGCAAACUGUCAUGAAAAGCAAAAAGAAA